AUGACGCUGUUCCCAGGCUGCUGGGGAGGUGGGGGGGCCGCCUGCCCCUCACCCACCUGCACCCCCAGCCCCGCGGGACCCCCCGGCGGUGCCGUCCUCGUUUGCCUGUGCCACGGCCACCUCUGCAACGGGAACACCACGGCGACAGGGACAGGGACGGGGACGGGCACGACCUUGGGGCUGGGGGGGCCCCACCAGGGCCCAGUGCCCGGCCAGGGGGGGUCCACGGGGACCCUGUGGCUGUGGGGGGCCGGCCCCCUCCUCCUCAUCCUCCUCACCUGCCUGGGCAUCCUCGGGCUGCGACGGUCAAGGGCCCACACGGGGCAGCCACCCCGGGAGGGCCGGAGAAUCGGGGUCCCCCCAGAGCCCCCCCAGAGCCCGGACCUGCCUGCACUGCACUUCCUGCAGGUGCUGCAGUCGGGGCGAUUCUCGGCGGUCUGGAGGGGGACCCUUCGCCAGCGGCCCGUGGCCAUCAAGGCGUUCGCGGCGGGGGCGGGCGGGCGGUUCGCGGCUGAACGGGCCGUGCACGCCCUGCCCCUGAUGGAGCACGAGAACGUGGCCCGGCUGCUGGGCACGAGGGGCGCCGGGCCCCGCGCCCGCGGGGGGCUGCUCGUCCUGCAGCUCUACCCGGCCGGGUCCCUGCGCCAGUUCCUGGGGCAGCACGUGGGCACGUGGGCGGGCAGCGUGCGCCUGGCGCUGUCCCUGGCCCGCGGCCUGGCCUUCCUGCACCAGGAGCUCUGGCGCGACGGGCUGUACAAGCCCAGCGUGGUGCACCGGGACCUGAGCAGCCAGAACGUGCUGGUGCGGGAGGACGGGACCUGCGCCAUCGGGGACUUUGGGCUGGCGCUGGCGCUGCCACCGCGCGCCCAGGACGGCACCGGGGCACGGCACGUCGUGGCCAUCCGCAAGGCGGGCACCCAGCGGUACCUGGCACCUGAAAUCCUGGACGAGAGCCUGGACCUGCGGGCCUGGGGCCGUGCCCUGCGCCAGGCCGACAUCUACGCCCUGGCCCUGCUGCUCUGGGAGAUCCUGUCUCGCUGCCAGGCCCUCAGCCCCGGAGCCCCUGUGCCAGCGUUCCAGCUGGCCUACGAGGCGGAGCUGGGCUCCAGUCCUACAGGGGCACAGCUCCGGCGCUUGGCCGCGGACGAGCGGCGGCGGCCGCUCAUCCCCCCCGCCUGGCACCAAGCCCCUCAGCCCGGGGGGGCUCUGCCGGAGCUGCUGGAGGACUGCUGGGACCCCGACCCCGAGGCGCGGCUCUCGGCCGAGCGGGCGCUCCAGCGGCUGCAGCGCCUGGCUGCGGGUCCUGCGCCCCCCCCGGGGGACUCCGGCCCGCGACCACCCCCCUUUCGCCAGGUCCCGGAGUCACCCACCAUGUGGAACCCUGGUGCAGGUAUGGGGGGGACACCCCAGAAUGGGGGGGCUGCCUUGACCCCCACUCCUGCCCCCUCCCCUGGGCAGUGACGGGUUGGGGGUCCCCCCCUCAAUCUUUUCUUUCCC